UAUCUCUCUACAUCCACAGAAAGACAGACGUCUACACCCUCGGGGGACGACGAACGUCAUGGAAAAGGGAAACGAAAACGACAACACGAAGAAAGGGAACCUGCCAUAGACCUACCUACCCCGACAGCCUCCGAUUUGGACAUGGAAUCAGAAUCCGGUCAGACUACUACGCCAUCAAGUCACAUCGAUCCCCUUUUACGCAAUGCCUGUCUUCUCGAUAUCAAGAGCCUCGAACUCCUACACUACUACAUGUGUCAUACAUCGACAACACUAGGAGACCCCCAAAUCUUCCGGGAUGUAGUUCCGCCCCUUGGCUUCAAGUACGACUGCGUGAUGCGAAUGGUUCUAUCAAUCACCGCCCGCCACCUCGCCCGAACAAAACCCGACCAAAGGGGAUAUUAUCACCGCCUAGCAGAAGACUAUGCAGCAGCAGCAUCUCCAGAAUUGACCGCCAUGCUUGCAAAACUCAGCGAAGAGAAUUCGCAGGCACUAUACUACGCCACAGUCCUAAUCAGUCUGUCUUCCUUUGCUAGAGACCCGUCACCAGGCAAUAUCUUGCUUGACGCCGAGGAGGACCAAGUUUCGUGGUGGUCGUUGAUGAGGGGGGUGAAGAUCGUGAUCAGUACAAUAGGGAUACAAAAUAUUAGGAAAGAGGCAUCGCAAGCUUUACUCUGUGGUAGUUCGACAUGGAACGAAUCGAAACUCUCAGUUCUUAGCGUUCCACCGCUUGUACUGCACUGGGAGAAGCCCCUAGCCGAGAUCGAAGAGCUCGUGGAUGAGACGUGUGCCGUCGAAGAAAGCAUUCAUCGACCUGCUUUAACCCACUUGAAAGAAUGUUACCGCAAGCUAUUCAUGCCUGUAGGACCAGAAGUCGACGACGAACAAAUCCCUUCCAUCAUUUACGGCUGGCUGUAUGUGCUCAAAGAUGACUUUGUGCAGUCUAUAGAGAGAAGGGAAGCCGUGCCACUGGUUCUUCUCGGGUAUUAUGCUGUUCUGCAGCAGCAAUUGGAACAUCACUGGUUCAUGGAGGGAUGGUCUCUUCAGGUCGUCAAUGGCGUUUACGCGAUACUUGGGGAUAGUCACCGACAUUUUCUUACAUGGCCACUGGAGCAGGUGGGAUCUAUUUGGUCAGGACUAUGAACGAUCCAUGGGCACUUACAUAUAGUAACGAAGACCGUCCAAGCCUUGUCAUGUUCCUAUCCGCCGU